AGUGAUAAGCAGAGUUGCUGUACCUCAGCUCCCUCUCACUGUGUGAGCCUUUACUGGCUGCUGCAGCCUACAGAGCUCCUUAUGUGAAGCAGCUAUCACUUAACUGAAGCACGUUGUCCCCAGUCCUCCCGAUGCCUGUACAUUUUGGAUGAUUCCUACAUAUGUUUUCAGUAGCACAGGGAUGAACCAUGAGAGGGGUGUAGGUGAGCCCCCUCUUUCUCCAAAAGGGGCUAACAUCAAGAAGCGGUUGAGUGUAGAGGAAUUGCGCCUCUUCUUUGAGGCUCAGUGCUCAGAGGAUAAAGGUAACCAGAGGGAAUUAAGGAAGAGAAGGAUGGGGAGUGGGAGCUGGCACAGGAGUAAUGGACAGAUAUUGGAGGAAGCUAGAAGGGGCAGCUGGGACACUCCGCUGCGUACUUACACUAUCCCACAGCUUCUAGUGACCAGCUCUGAAGAGCCCCCACCACCAAGCCCUGGACCGGGGAUGCUGGAAUUGUCGAGUUGGGAAGGACUGAAUGCUGAUAGUUUGCUAAAGACAUCUCAGCGGCGACUUUCUGUGUCCACUGCAUCCCUAUCUUCUACUGGAUCUUCCUCUGUUCUGGAAGACUCUGAGGAUGACUUACUAAGUGACAACGAGAGUAAGAGCCAGGGGCACGUGGACUUAGAGAACAGUUAUGAGCAGACCCAGAACAAAUCCUGGCAGAAGAUAAGAACCAUUGUAAACAUACCCAUUAUCAGUCCUUUCAAGAGGCGCUGGGUGCAGCUUGCUGGGCACACAGGAAGUUUUAAAGCAGCUGCUGGUGGUACAAUUCUAAAACGCUACUCUGAAAAUGAGGAAAAAUGCUUUGAGCUGCUAAUGAAUGAUUCUCUGUACUGUUGUGUCCCUGCGUACCAUGGUGUGGUGGAGAGAGAUGGCGAAAGUUAUAUUCAGCUGGAUGAUCUGCUUAACGGCUUUGAAGAGCCUUGUGUUAUGGACUGUAAAAUGGGGGUCAGGACAUACUUGGAAGAAGAGUUGACAAAAGCACGUGGAAAACCAAAGCUGAGAAAAGAUAUGUACAAGAAAAUGAUCGAGGUGGAUACUCAAGCUCCUACAGCUGAAGAAAAUGCACAGCAAGGAGUGACAAAGCCACGAUACAUGCAGUGGAGGGAGACGAUCAGCUCAACAUCAACCUUGGGCUUUAGAAUAGAAGGAAUAAAGAAAGGUGAUGGAACUUGCAACACAAACUUUAAAACAACUAAAACCCGGGACCAGAUUCAUAAAGUAUUUCUAGAGUUUAUUGAUGGCAACAAAGUGAUUCUGAAUAAAUAUCUGUGCCGACUGCAGGAAAUCAAGGCUGUCGUUGAAUCCUCUGAAUUUUUUAGACAACAUGAGGUGAUUGGAAGCUCGUUGCUUUUUGUUCAUGACAAGAAUGGCAAGGCUAACAUUUGGCUGAUUGAUUUUGGAAAAACAACAGCCCUUCCAGAAGGGCAGACACUGAACCAUUGCAUACACUGGGAAGAAGGGAACAGAGAAGAUGGCUACCUUUAUGGAUUUGGCAAUCUAAUUGAUAUCUUAUCUGGUAUUGCAUCCUGAUAAGUCACAAGAACCUAAGCAAUUGAUCACUACACUAGGAUUUUUUAUCUAAAAUUUUGCUGCCAAUUACUUUGGGAAUACAACCAUGGGAUUUAAAUUAUGGUGAUGGAACUGAGGAUAAUUUAUGAGACAGAUUUGCAUAUGUACAUUGUUUUAUACAGUCAAGUAAUACAGUAUGUCUGUAGUCACCAACAAACAUUCUACAUCAAAUCGAAGUGUUGGUCCUCUCAGUGACAAACCCAAAUUAAUUUAACCAUAUGCUACACACAGGUCUGAUGAGUUCACUUUUCACCUAUGACUUGUUGGGAAUACCGAUAUGCUUUAAACAUGAAGACUACAUGUCAUUUUGCUGCAUCAACCCCCGAGGGACUGCACAUUCCUACCAAUAUUUAGCACUGUGUAAUUCUGAAUAGUAGACCUAUGGUGACUGCUUGACACUCCAUAUUACAUAUUGAUUAACUAAAUCUUGUGAUCAUUAUUUUAUCUUUACCUUCAGGUUAUUUGUGCACAAAAUAUACUUAAAAACGUUCAGCCUACAGUUCAACUUUAGCAGUUUUUGGUAAUGGCUUAUUGUAUUUUUAUAUGAAGAUUUAUGAAUAGAAGCUGGAUACAAAGUAUAUUUUUCUAUGAAGGUUUGUGAGCAUACAAAAGGUUACAAAUUAACUUUUAGAGUGUGUGUGUAUUGAUAUACACACACACACACAUAUAUAUAAUAAAAAAAAAAACACUCAUCAGGUCUAAAACUAAAUAUGCAAUUUAAAAAAUGUCCAAACAAUCUAAGCACCAAAACCAAGGUGAUAUUUUGUUUUUGUAUUUGUAAAAAAUAUGCAUGUGAAUUACUGAAAACUUGUAUGUAUAUAUGGAAGAAGGGUUUAAAAGCUAUAUGUAGGCCAAUUAAUUCAGAUUUUUUUAACAAGGUAAUAUAAAGCAAAAAUCAGUCCAUCUUUAUAACUCACUACACGAUAUGAAACAAAGCAUAUGUAAAUAUUGCUUAUGAACAUUAUUGUUAUUUAUUAGAGCCGUGCAAAAGCUAAAUGGUUUUAUGUCAAUGUUUUAAAUAUUUUUUCUUGUGUUUAACCGAGAAACAAGAGCAAACUGUUUCCUUACAUGAGCAAAUUAAUUCAGAAAGUGCAUUAAACUGAUGAAAUUUGAUAUACAAAUUAAUCAGGACUAUAAUGUUUAUUUAUAAGCAGUAAGCUGCUACCAUGCUGAAAUUUUCUGCUUAACCCUUUCGUGACAGGGUUAAAGUGUCUACAUCGGAACACCUGUUCCGAUGUAGACAAAUUGAAACUACGCGAUCGUGCAUACGAUCGCGAGAUUUCAAUUAUUGGAUCGCAUCUGGGGGGCGUCCCUACAACCCUAGGAACGCCCUCCAGACCGCGAUCAAGUCCUUGAAGCGCAGAAGGCUUCAGGACAGCCGUUUGAUAUGACGUUCUAUUCCGUCAUAACGGCUUUAAAGCCCAGUGUAAAUAUGACGGAAUAGAACGGCAUAACGGCGUUAAAAGGUUAAUGUUCGCUUAAAAAUAAAAAGAAGAUUCCAGAAAUUUAAGUAAACAUUUCAUGCAAAGAAAUAAUAAAACAAGUCUUAUAAUUCUGGUUAAUGAAUUUGCAGACAUUCAUGUCUCUUUUUAUUGCACAAAUAGUACAUAGGCCUAGUAAAAAGACCAAUGUGUAUUAUCUACAUUAUUAUGAACAUAACAUCUGACAGCAAGCCCACAACAUGUGAAUACGGCAGCAUUCUAGAGUGAAUUUAUCUUUGCAGAACAUUUGCAUACCAGACUCACAUCUAUUAUUACGUUUUUUUACGGUAUUCUUUUACGGCAAAUUAAGAUGUUUAACAAACCUCCAUCGUCUGGAUCAGAACAAAAAGACUUCAUAUAAAUUCUAUAUUUUGUUUAGUGUCUGUUUCCUUUAAUAACUUUUUGGUUAGUUAACCGGUUUUAGGAAACUUGAGGUCAUAUUUCCUAUGAAAUUGAAUUGUCUAAUGUGAAGUACACCAUACCUAGAAGACAAGUGUUUUCUUACAUUACUGUACUUUGUUUUUUUAUUGUGAAGAACUGCUAUACUGUAACACUGUAAUGUUCGGUUCUUUACUAUAACUACAAAUGGAUUUGAAAUAUAUACACACACAAAGGGAAUAUAUGGUGAGCAAUUUACAUAAUGCAUUUUUUUUAUUUAAUCUGUGAGUUUUUCUAAACAGCUAUAAACAAAAAUAUUUUACCAAAGGGAUUUAUGGGAUUUAAGGAAGAAAUAGUGCCUUGUGUCAAUUUUGUAACUGUAUUCAAAUAAAAAUAUAAUUGCCUAGAAAUGUAAUAAAUAUUGUUGUUCUAGAACAUCUCUUCUGACAAAUAGGUUGAAGGGCAACCAAACCACAUGGAUUUCAAGUAGAUCCUCGACAAACUAUUGCGCAAGUGUGCAAUUGUAGCCUAAAAAUAAAUAUCUUAAAAAAAUAACUCGGCUCUAUUGCACUUAAGGAAUAUUAAAGGAUAAGAUUUUCUGUACUGAUUUAGAUAGAGCAUGCAAUUUUAAGCAACUUUCUAAUUUACUCCUAUUAUCAAUUUUUCUUCAUUCUCUUGCGAUCUUUAUUUAAAAAGCAGGAAUGUAAAGCUUAGGAGCCAGCCCAUUUUUGGUUCAGAACCCUGGGUUACACUUGCUUAUUGGUGGAUAAAUGUAACCACCAAUAAGCAAGCACUAUCCAGGGUGCUGAACCUAAAAUAGGCUUGCUCUUAAGCUUUCCUGCUACAUUCCUGCUUUUUAAAUAAAGAUAGCAAGAGAACAAAGAAAAAAUGUCUGAAUCAUGAAAAAAAAUGGGUUUAGUGUCCCUUUAAUUGCAUCAUGACUGCUAUUUUGUGCCUUUUUAGAAAAAAGAAUAAUUAAAGGAAAUCCAAAAGAUUGCAUUUACUGACACUUUGCUUCCAAUUGUCAUUGAAUGCAAAGUUUCAUCAAUUAGUGCCCGGUUUUUAAAAAUACUAUUAAAAAACAAGGUUACAAGGAAACUUUACAUUGCACCAUAUUUGUAGAAAUACUUAACUUUUACUUCUCCAAAGCCGGAUCGCUGAUCCCCCGCCUGCUUCUUCCUGCUGUACUUACACAGCAAUGAAGAUACCGGCUUCCUCCAAUCACAGCAGGGCAUCAAAAGAAGGGUGCUCUGGGGUGGAAGCCAUGAUUGAAGGAAGCCGGUUUCGUCAUUUCUGACGUAAUUAUAGAGGAGCUGAGGCGGGGGAUCGGCGAUACGGCUUUGGAGAAGUAAAAGGUAUUUCUACAAAUACGGUGCAAUGUAAAGUUUCAUCAAUGAAAGUGCCCGUUUUUAAUAGUAUUUUGAAAAACCGGCACUAAUUGAUGAAACUUUACAUUCACUUUAAUUGAGGUUUCACUUUUAGUGCAAUGUAUCAGUUUUGUGUUCUCACAAACAACUGAAAGGUUAUAUUGGAAAUCAGGAGGUGCUUUGGACAUCGGAAUAAUCUAGUUUGUACAUUGUAGUGCACCUGUUAAUUUUCUUUUACAUGUGGAUAUAAUAAAUUUGCACCAUGAUGUAAGAUUUAGAUGUUUGAUUUUGCAACAAUUUUAUAAUUUUUUCAUAAUAAUAAAAAAAGGAAGCUGGUAAACCUGAACUUAUAAACAUUACACAUAUACUAUUAGAAAUAUAAAUGUUGAAAUAUUUCAGAUGAAUGUUCUAGUAGACAUUUAUGUUCCUUUAACUACAAUGAGGGGACAAUAUUAUUACUUUAAAUAACAAAACCUUUGAAGUAUUCAUUCUAAAAUGCACGUCGCUACUGAUUUUUUUAAUACAAUUGUGCUUCUUACCAUUAAUAUCACAGUAAUGUUUAAUUUGUUUUCAAUGUUUCCACACAAGAGAAUACUCUGUCAAUUUUGAAAAAUAUACUAAAGCACAUAAUUGUUUAUCUACUAAGGUCCAUAUGAAAUGCAUCACCUGUAAAGAUGUUCAACAAUAAAAUUCUGCAAUGAUUAUA